CGUACUUACCUUGCACUUUAGUCCGCAUUACCAACGGGAUGCCGUCCCUGGUCGGUCGACCAGGUUCAAUAUCUCUCUACAAUGCAUGGCAGAUAGAUGUAUGUCCACCAUGCAUCGCUCGUCACUUUCGAAUUCCCCCCGUUGAAUAGAUACACACCACGAUCAUCUCCAUGGCAUUCCCUGCCCCCUCCGCCCUUUUCGUCGCCGCCAUCGCCAUCGCGUCCGCGUCCGACAAGUUCACCAACGGCAUCCACCGCCACCUCGAACAAUCCGGCUCCGUGCCCGCUGUCAUCGUCUCGUUCAAGAAGAGCCACCAAGAAGUGCUGGCCUCUGUCCCCGACAUCAACUCUGCGACUUCCCGCGGCGCGCACAUCGCGUCCAUCCGUCAAGCGUUGGUGGCGCACGCCAAGACCUCCCAUUCCGACGUCCUAGCCGCGCUCCAUGCGUUCGAAUCCACCACGGAAACCACGCUUACGUUUGACUCGCUGUGGGCGUCCAACGUCGUGUACAUCACGAACCCCUCCGAGAGUCUAUUGAACACACUUGCCGCCAUCCCAAGCGUGGACAAGAUCCGUCCGGCCGUGACCGCGCACCUCCCGCCCAUCAAAAUCGAACAAGAAAGCGCGUCAUCACCCCAUGCCAAUGAAUGGGGCGUCGAUGUCAUCGGCGCCGCCAAUGUAUGGGCCAGCGGCAACAAGGGCAAGGGCGUCGUCGUGGGUGGCAUCGACACGGGUGUCCGUGGGACCCAUGAAGCGCUCAAAACCAACUUCCGCGCCGAUCACGGCUGGUUUGACCCGUACCAUAACAACACGGCACCGGUAGAUGUGGCCGGCCACGGCUCGCACACGAUGGGCACGAGCGUGGGCACGACCGGCGUGGGGGUCGCCCCCGAAGCAUCGUGGAUCGCGUGCUUGGGCUGUGAUGACCAGGACUGCCCUGAGUACGCGCUGCUCAAGUGCGGUGAGUUCAUGCUGUGCCCCACCGACGUGAACGGUAACAACCCCGACUGCACCAAGGCGGCGCAUGUUGUCAACAACUCGUGGGGGUCUAACGAUGCGUCCGACACGUUCUAUGACGCCACCAUCGCCGCAUGGCGCAAGGCCAACAUCAUCCCGGUCUUCGCCAACGGCAACGCCGGACCCAAGUGCUCCACGGUGGGGUCCCCCGGCCAAGGCAAGCUCACGUUUGGCAUCGGCGCGACCCAAAAGACAGACGCCAUCGCGUCCUUCUCAAGUCGUGGCCCUGCCCCUGACGGACGCAUCAAGCCGGACAUCUCGGCGCCAGGCCAGAGCAUCCGGUCGUCGGUACCCACCAGCGACACGUCGUACGCGGUGUACUCGGGCACGUCCAUGGCGACACCCCACGUCACUGGUGCCGUCGCGCUGAUCCUUGCCGCCAAGCCCGGCGUCACCUACGACCAGAUUUACAAGGCGUUCAUUUCCACGACCGAUACCGCGUCUUUGACCCCCACCAACCAAACGUGCGGCGGCGUCUCGGAGCUCCAGUACCCCAACAACGUGUACGGGUACGGUCGCUUGAACAUCGAGCGCGCCAUCGCGAGCUUGUCGUCGUCAACCCCGUCGCCUACCACCACCAAGCCUGCGUGCUAAACCUUAAUAAACACCUUGUUUUGUC